AUGGACUGGCGAGAUAUGGAUCUCUAUGAAGAUUACAAAUCUCCUUUUGAUUUUGACACUGGAGUUAAUAAAAACUACCUUUAUUUACUGCCCAGCAUGACUUUCUCCCCUCCUGAAUCUCCUAUACUGAAGAAUUCUGGUCUGUUGAAAAAUGAAGCCAUUCCUGAAGGAGAAGAUGCGGUUGCUGCAAUUAAUGUAGAAGCUCUCUCUGAAGAAGAACAAGAAGAGCUUAGAAGAGAGCUUGCUAAGGUAGAAGAAGAAAUCCAGACUUUGUCACAGGUGUUAGCUGCCAAAGAGAAGCAUCUAGCUGAACUAAAGAGGAAACUAGGCAUCACUUCACUGCAGGAACUGAAACAAAAUAUUUCUAAAGGGUGGCAAGAUGUAACUUCAACAAAUGCGUAUAAGAAGACAUCAGAAACAUUGUCUCAGGCUGGACAGAAAGCUUCUGCUGCUUUCUCAACAGUGGGUUCUGCCAUCACAAAGAAGCUGGAAGAUGUGAAUAUACGCUGUCUACAGCAUUCAAUUAGUAUGCCUGCUAUGAGAAAUUCUCCAACAUUCAAGUCAUUUGAAGAAAAAGUGGAAAACUUAAAGUCUAAGGUUGGGGGAAAUAAGCCUGCUGGAGCUGACUUUGGAGAUGUCUUGAAUUCUGCUGCCAACGCCAGUGCCACAGAAACUACUCCAAAGCAGACUGAAGAGGAGACUCAAUGAUUGCCUCACCUUUGUAUUGUCCACUGCCAGAUGCUGCAAGCAAAUGCUGAAGUGCAUCACCUCUGCUGUUGACUCCUCCAGUAUGUUCUUCUGUUUAGCACUUAGCUUUCCAAAUAUUUAAUAAUUUCUUGAGGUUCAGAGUAUUUUUGAAAUAGGAAAAUACACUUGCCUUUGUUAAUCUGCAGGACAGGAAUUUUUAUGUAUUUUGAGGAUUAGGCUUAAUUCCGGUCUAGAUAAUCACUAUGUUACUGCAUUACAAAAAAUUAAAAACAGCUGGAACAUUAUGCACCUGGACAUUUACAUUAUGAACCAUCACCUCAUGUAUGCUUUCACAGACAAACCUUGAAAGUCUUUGUCUAGCCAUUAAGUGGAUACUCUUAAUUGAUACUCUUUCACUAAUAUUCUUUGGCCAAAUAAAUUGGCCUGAGUUUUGCAAUGGCUACUGUACCACAUAUUUUUUUUUUGCAGUUUUCAAAGGUGAAGAAGGGGUAGCUUCCAAGAAUGUCAUCUGAUUUAUUGAAAUUUUCCAGAAAAUAUUUCUUUUGACAGAUCCCAGCCUGAGACACAUCUUUUCCUUGGAGGUUACAAGCGAAUUUAAUUCAGUUUUUGCCUUGUCUACUGAAAGUUGCAGAAGUAAAAUGAGCUUAUAGGCAUGAAGCAGAAUGAUAAAUGUAAAAGCCUAAUACAGCACAGUAGUGUUUUCAAAUCAUUCCAUGCUAUUAAAAGUGUCAUAUGUUUAUUCCUCUCUCGUGAAUUUAAAUCAUGGGACAGUAUAUUCCAUCCUCCUCUCAAUUAUAAUUGGUUGAAGCUGUGGGCAGUUUGUAUACUUAUGUACAUGGAUUCUAGGAGCUUGCAUCUAUAAAAAAAGCCCUUCAGUGAAAUAUGAGCCUAUCUAAAUUAAAAACCCAUGUUGAAGCUUGAGAAUAUUAUUAAAUAUUGCAAUCAUAGGUCAGUUUCAUAGAUAAAAUGUUAAUUAAAUUUGUUGCUCUAAAAAGAUUUAAUUUUGCAGAAGCAAAAUGUACUCCACCUUUAUAUGUUUAUUUUUUGGCACCUUAUAAAAUAAGUUUUGCAUAUGUUUUUGCUACUUUUAAUCACCAAGCUUAAACUGAACUAGAACACAUCCUUAAAAUGCACCGUAACUUGGGCUUUAUAACUGCACCAAAAACGUUACACAUCAUAUAAGUCAACUUACGCUGUAUUUGACAGCUUUCUGUAGCAUUUCAGAUUUAAUCUGAAUACUUGAUUACGUAUACAAAUAAAAUGCAUUGUAUUGUCAAACACAAAA